AUGGUUGUUGCCUUGGCAGCAGCGCUGCGGGACUUGGGCGGGCAUUUGGAGGUCAGAGAGCCUUUGGAGCGGACAGCAGCGCGGCUGGAUGCUUGCAGGACUAGCCUUGGCCCAGUGCCCGCUCAAGCUGACAUUCUUGAUGAUGGAGUGCCGCAAGUGCUCGCCACGCAACCUGGGCUGUGUAUCGUUUACAAGCCCAGCGGCUGGGUGGUGAACGUGAACAGUGACACUGCUGCUGGCCUAGGCGGCGAAGAUACGUGGGAAGGCGACCAGGCCGCGCCCAAGCUCACUUCGUGGCUGUCGUCCUUGGCGCCCUGGUCGCCCAUCUCCGGGGAGGCCUCCGCUCAGCACGGCAUCCUGCACCGCCUGGACCUGGAGACCUCCGGCCCGCUGCUUUGCGCCACGAGCUACGGGGGCUACAUCGCGGCCUUGCUGCAGUUCGCUUUGCGCCGGGUGUCGAAGGCCUUCCGCGCAACGCGUCCCAAGCGGCGCACGAGACUUGCGGUCCCAGUCGAACAUCCCGAACUCGCAGCCGCGCAGGAAUAUGUGUGCCUCUGCAAGGGCUGGUUUCCAAGAGAGGCGGGCGACGGCAGUGCUGGGCAGAGCGGGAUGUUCAUUGCAGAUGCGCAGGCGCAGUGCCUGGAUACUCCGCUGCUCUAUGGCGUGCACCAAGCGCUCUCUCCAGGCGAAGCAUAG